AACGCCAACGCCAACUCUCUCCCACUCAACACAAGAUUCUCUUCCGUCACCUCCAGCCUCAACAUCCACUCCUACUCUUUGUCCUCCCUCUCCUCUUUGUCCUCCAUCCACCAACUCAUCGCCUCCACCUUCCACCUCAACUUCUCCUUUUCCCCCGUCCACGACCCCUCGAACCCGACGUCGGCCAAAGUCCGGGUCAUCCCACCUGGAUACGUGCCGAAAUACUCGCCGCUGGCUGAGGGCGACAUCCGGACCGUAAACAAGACCUUCCCGCACGCUCACAGCAUGGCGCGGGUCUACGCCGACAUCAACGCGAACAUGCCCCGCGCGUACUGGGACUAUGACUCAGUGAACAUCUCGUGGGGCCAGCUGGACAACUACGAGGUGGUGCGCAAGAUCGGUCGUGGAAAGUACUCCGAAGUGUUCGAGGGCAUCAACGUCGUCAACUACCAGAAAUGCGUCAUCAAGGUCCUCAAGCCGGUCAAGAAGAAGAAGAUAAAGCGAGAGAUCAAGAUCUUGCAGAACCUGGCGAAUGGGCCGAAUGUCAUCGCCUUGCUGGACGUCGUGCGGGAUAACCAAAGCAAAACUCCGUCCCUAAUAUUCGAGCACGUGAACAAUACCGACUUCCGAAGCCUCUACCCCAAGUUCUCCGACUACGAUGUCCGAUACUAUAUCAACGAGCUCCUCAAGGCACUGGACUACUGCCAUAGCAAAGGCAUCAUGCAUCGCGACGUGAAACCCCACAACGUGAUGAUCGAUCACGAGAAGCGCAAACUACGACUCAUCGACUGGGGUCUGGCCGAGUUCUACCACCAAGGCACGGAAUACAACGUCCGCGUGGCUUCACGAUAUUUCAAAGGUCCCGAGCUGCUGGUCGACUUCCAGGAGUACGACUACUCCCUCGACAUGUGGUCCCUGGGCGCUAUGUUCGCCUCCAUGAUCUUCCGCAAAGAGCCGUUUUUCCACGGCAACAGCAAUUCGGACCAGCUGGUGAAGAUCGCGAAGGUGCUCGGGACGGACGAGCUGUUCGACUACCUCGACCGCUACGACAUCGAGCUCGACGCGCAGUACGACGACAUCUUGGGCCGGUUCCCCCGGAAGAGCUGGCAUAGCUUUAUCAACUCGGAGAACCAGCGAUUCGUCAGCAACGAGGCGAUUGAUUUCCUGGAUAAGUUGCUGAGAUACGACCAUCAGGAACGUCUCACAGCCAAAGAGGCGAUGGCUCAUCCGUACUUCAGCCCCGUCCGGGCUGCCCUGAAGCAAUCCACUCAGGCAUCCACGAACAACAUGGCCGUGGCUCCCGAGAUUUGACGGUCCGGAUGCGAUGAUGGCAGGUAGACUGGGACCUGCACCUUCUCUUGAUCGUCUGGCGUUGGGGGUGGAUCAGGAAGACGGGCGCGGAGUCAUUGACAAUCUAUAGCAUUAAAGGCAUCGGGAUGGAUGAAUCGGACCGUUAUUAGCAUACCCCAGUGUUCGUACCUUUAUUGCAUGAUAAUGAACUGAGAUAUAUCUACUCUCAUAUGGUCGGUGUUCGUUUCUCCAUAGGAGUCCGAGUGAGAUAGAAUGUGAAGGGAUCUCCGACAGUGAUACAUAUUACGUCAACCUUGAACUGCC